AUGUCUUCUCUGCAAAUCAUAGACCUAAGAUUCGAACAACUCCCAAGCGGGCUCGGUGUCCCUACUCCGACCCCUCGUAUGUCCUGGCGAGUAAAGUCCAGCUCGCAGCCCAAGAACUGGCAGCAAAAGAGCUACGACGUCGAAGUCACGCGGAAAGGGAAGGGGCCCGAAACAUUCCAUGUCGAAAGCGACUCGACCGUCCUCGUAAAAUGGCCCAGCACCCCCUUAUCUUCCGCAGAAGCUGUCACCAUUCGCGUCAAGUCAAACGGCAUCGCCGAGGACGGGCCUCUAGAUACCGACUGGUCUGAGCCAGCCACCGUCGAGAGUGGUCUUCAAUCCCGCGACGACUGGACAGCCAGGCCCAUCACCGCUCCGAUACGAUCAGACCGCCAUGCCGAUGAACGCGGCAUUCGCCCCGUUCGGUUCCGCAAGACUUUCAACGCGCCUGACAUCGGCCAAAACCGUGCGAGACUUUACAUCACCGCCCUGGGAAUCUACGAAGCGUACCUGAACGGCACGAGAAUCGGAGACGAGUGGCUCGCUCCUGGCUGGACGGCGUACCAGCACCGCAUUCAGUACCAGGUUUUUGACGUUGGUUCGCUUCUGAAGCCCGGACAACCCAAUGUUCUCUCUGUCGAAGUGAGCGAAGGAUGGUAUGCAGGUCGUGUUCUCUGGGGUGACGGCCUGACGUGCUUCUACGGCGACCGGAUCGGUGUUCUCGCCCAGCUCGACGUCCUCGAUGGCCCGUCGAGUUUUCGCCUCGCCACAGACGAGACCUGGGAAUGUCGGCCCUCGCCUAUCGUAGGAAGCGAUAUUUACGACGGCGAGACGUAUGAUCUUGGUCUCGAGGUAGACGACUGGCACCAUGACAAGUCCACAUGGUCUGCAGUGGAGACUCUUCCGUUCCCCAAGCCCGCACUCGUAGCAUCUUCAUCUCCGCCGGUCCGCAUCACAGAAACGAUCAAACCGAUCAAAGUAUUCAAGGACCCUUCCGGCAAGACGCUCGUCGAUUUCGGCCAGAACCUCGUCGGAAAGCUGGUCAUCCACAACCUCCAAAAGCCCGACGGUCACCGUCUCACCAUCCGCCACGCAGAGGUCCUCGAGAACGGCUAUCUCGGCAUCCGCCCUUUGCGCAGAGCGAAGCAGACCGACACUAUCAUCUUUGGCGGUGGGCGGCCCCUCGGGAACUGGUCGCCGCACUUCACGUAUCAUGGCUUCCGCUACGUCGAGUUCGACGGCUGGGCGGCGGACGAGGUGACUCUGGAUUCGAUCUCCGCGGUCGUCAUGCACACCGACAUGCAGCGGACCGGGUCUUUCAACUGUUCGAACGAGGACGUCAACACGCUGCACCGCAACGUCGUGUGGAGCAUGCGAGGAAACUUCGUUUCUAUCCCGACGGAUUGCCCUCAGCGCGACGAACGUCUGGGCUGGACGGGCGACAUUCAGAUUUUCAGCCCGACUGCGUCGUUCCUGUAUGAUUGCGGCGGGAUGUUGAGCAACUGGAUGCGGGACGUGAUUCUCGACCAGAAGGAUGCUAACGGAGUUGUUCCGCUUGUUGUUCCCAACGUCAUGAAAGAUGGACCGUUCCCUGCUCUGCCGCAAGCCGUCUGGGAUGAUGUUGUUAUUCUGGUGCCGUGGACGAUGUACAAGUGGUUCGGAGACGCCGGCGUCUUGCAGGAGACCUACCCCGGGAUGAAAGACUAUCUCAACUCAAUCAAGAGAGGCGAAGACGGACUCUGGGAUGGCUCGCUUUGGCAACUGGGAGACUGGCUGGACCCCAACGCCCCGCCGGCCGAACCAGGACUCGCGAGAACGGAUGGUACUCUUGUCGCAGAUGCCUAUCUCGUUCACGUUACCGGCGUGAUGUCUCAGAUCGCCGGCGUCCUGGACAUCACCGGAGAUGCGGAGAAGUUUGCCGCUAAACACCAGCGUCUCAAACAGCUCUUCCAGGACAAGUACAUCACCAAGGCAGGCUUCGUCGUCGCCGACUCGCAGACGGCUCUGGCCCUGGCCUUGUUGUUCGGCCUACACGAGACCCCUGCUCAACGAAAAGCAGCAGCGGCGAGGCUGGCGAAGCUGGUGCAGUACUCCAAGUUCAAAGUCUCAACGGGUUUUGCGGGGACACCGGUCAUCCUGCACGCCUUGUCCGAGACGGGCUACACACAGCACGCUUAUCGGAUGUUGCUGGAGAAGGGCUGUCCAUCAUGGUUGUACCCCGUCAGCAAGGGUGCCACUACGGUCUGGGAGCGAUGGGAUAGUAUGCUGGAGGACGGCACCAUCAACCCCGGCGAGAUGACCAGUUUCAACCACUAUGCUCUGGGAAGCGUGGCCAACUGGAUGCAUGCUAGUAUCGGCGGAUUGUCGCCGCUGGAGCCGGCGUGGAAGAAAUUCUUGGUCAGACCGCGGCCUGGUGGAGACUUGAAGCACGCAGAGGUUGAGUACUUGAGCCCGAACGGUCGGGUUCGAAGUCGAUGGGCGAUCACGUCUGAGGGAAAGCUGGUGUUGGAGUUGACUGUCCCUCCCAAUACUUCUGCGGUAGUGUCUCUUCCUGAUGGAAGUGAGAAGACUAUAGGCUCUGGCGACUAUAUGUUUGAGAGCGCUCUGGGCGAGGAGGUCACAGGAGACUGGCCUCCCCAGGCUUUGUUGACCCAAUUUGGCUUGUAA